AUGUCUAAAGAAAACAAAAUGGGGAAAGAGAAAUCGUUUGGCAUACUGGACGCAGAUUUUACCCUUCGCAAGUCAAUUGAGGAGUAUCGCUCGAAACUAAGUCAAGCAUUCAGUAGCUCUGACAGUAUAGCUGGAGAAAGCACUAUGAGUAAACCGAAGUCGUUCGAAAUAGGAAAAGCUCAUUUUACUCUCGACAAACCGAUUGAGAAGUUUGAUUCCAACUACUUCCAAGCCUCUGGGUCUUCACAAGCAAUACUCUCAUAUUCGUCAGAUGAAUUGAUGAUAAGAAGACUUUCAUGGAUACAUGAAGAAGACAACCGUGAGGAAGACUCCUCUUCUUUUAGUGGACUAGACUUGUUUUCCCCUCAACUCGUACAACCUACAAGAAAUAGACCACCUCCCUCUAGAAUACACCGUCCAGCAAAACAAGUAACAGCAACCACAAGCACGGAAGAAAUUACGACACAAUUUAGUGGCUUAGAAGCUCGUGAGACAGCUGAUGUAGGAAAGAAGCCGCUAAGGAAUAGUAACACCAACUGCCAGUGA